CAUUCUCCCGCUGCCUGGAGAGGAGGAAGGAGCAGCCCCUGCUGCCGAGGAGCUCCCAGCUCUCCACAAGCGUGCAGGAGACAGCGUUCCCAAGGCCGGCUCGCUGCAGCUGAGGAGACAGCACUCAUAGACCCUCCUUUGAUUAGGAUGUGUCCGUGUUGUCAGGGCAACUGUUAACAGCGGCGUAUCAUAUUUUCUCCUCUUGUACUGCGUGCUGAAUAUUUUAGUGUGCUGUGGCUGGAAGAAGGUGCUGCUGCAAGGAACCUGGAGCUGUGGGCCGGGAUCUGAUUGAACAGGUUAAGACAGCAAAGAGCAGCAUCCAAACCAAUGUGCCUUUGAUUAGGGCUUUUCUUCAAGGAGGGAAACGACUGCAAGCCUUUCCUGCCGACUAGAUGUUGGUAUUUGUCAGCUGUUUGCAUACUGCUUAUCCAUAGGGGAUCUGUUACAAGUGCUCAAAUGAACAGACAGCGUUGCAGCUAGCAGCUAAUCAGGGGCUGGAGUUUCUUACUUUUUUUUAAUAAGCAAGAGGCAACAGCAGCAUGCCUGGUUCAGCUAUUGCCCUCCGACAAGAGAGACUGAAGAAAAGUGCCAGGCCAAGUCCCCCAGGUUUAUUCACCAUUAAUGAAGAGGAUGAGCAGCAAAAAAAUGGGAAUUCCACAAGACUGAAAGGAACUGAAGGUUCUGAAACACAAGAUAAGAAAGUGACUUCAGGACAAAGCAAUGCUGGAACUAAACCAGAUCACCCAACAGUACUAAGGGUUGAUGACAGGCAACGGCUUGCCAGAGAACGGAGAGAAGAGAGAGAAAAACAGCUAGCUGCAAGAGAAUCCGUCUGGCUAGAAAGAGAAGAGAGAGCACGGCAACAUUAUGAGAAGCACCUAGAGGAACGCAGGAAGAAGCUGGAAGAGCAGAGACUAAAGGAAGAGAGAAGGCGAGCUGCCGUAGAGGAAAAGCGAAGGCAGAAACUAGAAGAAGAGAAGGAACGACAUGAAGCUGUUGUACGUCGCACAAUUGAAAGAAGCCAGAAGCCAAAACAAAGGCAGAACAGGUGGUCCUGGGGAGGAGCACUGCACAACCGCAUUAAUAACACAGAUCGAGACAGGCGGUCUGUUUCAACAAUGAACCUUUCGAAACAUGUUGAUCCAGUCAUAAACAAGCGGCUCUCCUCCUCAUCUGCAACAUUACUAAAUUCUCCAGACAGAGCUCGCCGUCUUCAGCUCAGCCCAUGGGAGAGCAGCAUCGUUAGCAGGCUCCUGACGCCCACACACUCAUUCCUGGCUCGGAGUAAAAGCACAGCUGCAUUGUCUGGAGAUGCAGUUAUCCCCGUUUGUCCCCGUUCAGCAUCUUGCAGCCCCCUCAGCCCUCUGUCCUACAAGGCCCUGACCUGCAGGAAUUCAGGAGAAAGAGCAAAACUCUAUGCUUCCACCGAUGCCGUUGGACGUCGGAGAACAACGCACCUUUCAGGGACUGACAAAAGAGAAAAGGACCAUUUGUCAUCCAGCUUCUCAGCCAACUUUAAAGGAGGUCAUUUUACUUCCAGCCUCAAAGCUAGAUCAUCAGCUCCCUCUCCAGUUUGGCAUGCGUCAAAGUCUUUGCCUUUUUUGCCUGGCACACCCAAGCAGAUAACUUCCCCACCUGGUUCCUCCAAAGUUUCCUCUGCUCAGACACGUCCUCCCUCUCCUGGCAACAUCCGGCCAGUCAAAAAAGAGAUCAAACCAGAGGGUGAGAAGAAAAGACCAGAAAAGGAGGCUGAAAAGGCCAAUGAGGUGAGGACAGAAGAGAGUGAAGGAACUUCAGCAGGUGCUGGAGAACCCACAAGUCAGGAGCAACUCACUGUCCAAGCACAGCUAACUGAAGCAGCCAGCCCAUCCCUACCUCCUGCCCCACCAGCUCCUUCUCCAGCCCCAGCAGUGCCCAAGCCCUCUGCAGGUACAACUGACCCCGAAGAAGCGACAAGGCUGCUGACUGAAAAGAGGCGCCUCGCCCGCGAGCAGCGGGAACGGGAGGAGCAAGAAAGGAGGGAGAGAGAAGAGCUUGAGAGACAAAAGAAAGAGGAGUUGUCACAGAGGAUAGCUGAAGAGAGAGCUCGCCGAGAGGAGGAGGAAGCUCGCAGACAAGAAGCAGAAAAACAAAGGAAGGAUGCAGAGGAGCGGGAAAAGGAGGAGCGGCUGCGCCGCCAGGCAGAAGAGAGAGAGCAGAGGGAGAAAGAAGAGAUGGAGCGUGUUCAGAGACAAAAAGAAGAGGAAGCUCGCCUGCGGGAAGAGGCCGAGAGGAUUCGAUUGGAACGUGAAAAGCAUUUCCAAAGAGAAGAGCAAGAGCGCUUGGAAAGGAAGAAGAGGCUUGAGGAGAUCAUGAAGAGAACUAGGCGUGUAGAAGCUGUAGAUAAGAAAUCCAAUGACCAGCAAAAUGGACAUAUAUCAAAGGCAAAUAUUACUGGAGAAGCAGUCGCAGGCAGCCCUGCGUGUCCCCCGGAGCCGGCAGCAGGGCCCCCGCUGCAGCACGCAGCGCUGCCAGCCCCGCACAGCCACAACGGGAGCGCGGCCGCCGGCGUGUGUGGGGAACCUCCGCACCAGCCCCCCGGGAACGUGGACAGCAAUCUCAAUCCAGAGGAGAAUGCAAAUGAAAAUGGAAUGUCUAUGCAGAAUGAUAAUUUUGAAGAGAUCAUGAACCUGCCUAUUGGUUCUAAACCAUCCCGGCUGGAUGCUAUGAACAAUGAUGGAAGCAACAGUCCCGAAAUUCCUUUGAAUCCAAUUCUAGCCUUUGAAGAUAAGGGCACUCUUUUGCCUCAGGUAGAUAGUGUUCAAACACAUCAAACAGCAGAAGUGAUCUGAUUGUUUCUUCUGAAGAACCAAAGGUGAUAUGAGCAUCUCUGCAGUCAGUGGAGUUUCUUCCAUGCUAUGAAGGAGUGUUUUAUUUUUUCUCUCCAGUUUUUUAAAGAUUUCUUGAAUAUCUUUUUUGGAAGGACUUUAGUAAAACCAGCAGAAGAAAUGAGGGGAAUAGACUUGGAUCACCAUUCUAAUAGCUUUCAUCACUAGAAAAAUCAUGCUUCAUGUGCGUUACUUAAUAUGGCUAUUUCCAACAAGCUUUUUUGUUAGUAAAUGAAUAUUUCUGCAUUCCUUAAGACACAAGACACUGGAAUCUGAAAGUAACGGGCUGAUUUGGGUGGUGGGACUGAUUCUAUUUUGUUUUUAAAAAAGGUGGGUGUUGGUUUAAAAGGCAUAAUUGUAAAAUUGGCAAAGAAUCUUUUACACUUUAUGGUUCUAAUACUUGAAAAAUAAAUGCCUCAUUGCUCUACAAGUAGAGUUAAUGGGGUGUUUUAUUUAAACCUGUUGGUUUAAAUGUUAUUGCAGAGAACUCUAAUUAUGGGGGCAAACUAUAGGCUUCUGUAUCAGGUUCUUGUAAAUGUAAUUCCUACAGGGACAUUCUGUAAAUUGAGACGUCACUAUGAUCUUCUCACAUUUUCUCUAAAAACACAAAACAAGAAAUGUUUUAAAAUGUGAAAGUUUGAAAGCAUUAUUUUUUCAUGGACAAGAGGAUAACCUAUUGUUCUCCUAGAUAAUGUAUUUAUGAAUUUUGCUCAGUACAGAAAUAAAUCAUUUGAUUGAAUAAAUUAGACAAAUGUGGUGAAAAGAUACUGCAAACUUGAUUUUUUUAGUUACAUCCAUGUUCACAAUACUAUAAAAGAUGUGUAUGCAUAUGUGCACACACGUGUGCAGACAUACAAGGAAUUACCUUGUUCUGAGUCCUGUAAAUUGCUGCUGUUCCCAAUGAUGGAGGACUUUUCCUUUGCCUUAUCAGACUUUUGAAGACUGUGUGAAACCUGGGAUAUUUGAGUUUUGGAUGAUGAUGCAGGUUCAGGGAUUUUUGGGGUUUGCUCGUUUCAGAGCAAAUGGAAAAUGGUCAUUGUGCUUUUUUAUGUAGUGUGUGGUUUUUAUAAAGCAGUGCAGCUUGAGUGAUAAGAGGAGCGAUGCAGGUUGCUUUCUCUUUAGUUUGAUGCCGAUUUCUACUGUCAUUCAUUGUUCCAUCCCACACUUUUGGUUGCUGUUGUGCAGAACUGUAAAACCUUGCACGUUUUUGUGCUUUGCUAAACAAUGCUGUUGGAGGCAGAGCUCGCUCUGGGUGUUUGCGUUUGCAGCAUCGCCAAAGGCUUGAGGCAUUGCUCUCUGAAUCAGUGAGAAGAUCCUUGGGUAGGGAAAAAUGGAGGUUCAUGGGCUCUCAGCUCCUGCUAACAGAGAAUUUUCCAUUAAGAUUCCUGCACUUGCCUCUGGUGAGCACUGAGCGAGGCCUCUAGGAAGCUGUGCAGAAAGUCUGUGCUAGCAGAAGAGAUCCUCUGAGACAAAAGCCGAAGGAUUUUUGAAGAAAUUUCUGCUGCUGCCGAGUGUUCAUCUUAUAGAGGAGAUGGGACAAAAGCAAUGGAAAUAAAAUGAAAGAGACUUCAUCUGCCAGAAUAUUUAUGGAAGGGAAAAAACAGCCAUUCAGUCAGAGUGCUUUCAAUAGUAACUUGUGACACAGUAAAAUGAAUUGGGUUCCUUUCUUGCUUUCUUUAGUUUUCCAUGUACAUAGCCACAAUAUUUUGAAGUGUCCAAAAUAUGUAGUUUUUCUUUAAAACUAUAUAUAGCAUGUAAGUACCAAAUAAAACUUGUUUGAAAUAUUUA